UUCUUUUUUGGGAAAAGCGAUCAAAGGAGGCGGAAUUCAAAUCCUAACAUUAAACUAAAUAUUAAAAACCAAUUUCACGUCCGCGUUCCCCAAACUCAUACUCUUCGAAAAAUCACAGCCAAAUUGAUUUGCGUACUUGUGAAACCCUAACCCUUAAUCUUGCACUCUUAAACAACGCCAUUCUUGUUUCUUUCGUCUGAGUUCAAUUUGAUUUCAUAUAUUUUGGGUUCUUGAAGUUCCAAGUUUGAGAGCUGGCUAUGGAUUACGAGCCCUACGAUAGCAGUGGAACUGAUGAUGAUCUUCCUCCAUCACAUCAAAAUAGGAUUCCAAGAGGUAGUGGUCGCAUUAUUGGAAAUGGAAGAUCUGCCGUCAUUGGUUCUGUCGCCUACCAGAGGAUGUACGGUGAAACAGAUAUGGAGGCCCAAAUUCACCAACUUGAGCAAGAAGCAUACAGUUCGGUUUUAAGAGCCUUUAAAGCUCAAGCUGAUGCCAUUACAUGGGAGAAAGAAAGCUUGAUAACUGAGUUAAGAAAAGAGUUACGGUUGUCCAAUGAAGAACAUAGAGAACUUCUUGCUAGAGUUAAUAAUGAUGAUGUCAUCAGAAGAAUAAGGGAGUGGAGGCAAUCUGGUGGGCAUCAACCUGGUAUGCUGGGUUCUGGUCAAUCUGUUCAUGAUCCAUUACCCAGCCCUUCUGUCUCAGCGUCACGGAAGAAACAGAAGAUAGCCCAGUCUUUACCUUCUCAGUCCUUUGCUGGACCAUCUCCUACUUUUCAUCCACCUCCAGUGACUGCUGCAAACCAGCCAUCUUCAUCUGCUGCCAAGAGAGGACCUAUGGUGGGGCCGAAAGGAAAAAAGCAUAAAUCUGGCCAGAUGAUGCCUGGCGCGCCUUCGAUGAAAAUGCAGUGCGUGACUCCUGGUCCUUCUGGAAGAGCUCAAUUUGGUAAUCGGGUUUCUGAACCUGCUGAAGCAGCAUCAUUUGAUACAUUGAUUGGAAGGAAAGUGAGGACUAGAUGGCCUGAUGACAAUAACUUUUAUGAAGCAGUCAUAACUGAUUUUAAUCGAGCUGAGGGUAGACAUGCUCUUGUUUAUGAUAUGGGUACUGCAAAUGAGACAUGGGAAUGGGUCAACCUUGCUGAGAUUUCUCCCGACGAUAUUCAGUGGGAGGGUGAAGACCCUGCAAUUUCUCAUCAUGGAAAUUAUGGUGGAUCAGGUCAUGGCAUGACUAGACCUGCUGGACGUGAUAGUGCUCCAGGUGCAGGGAGAGGGAGGGGCUUGACUAAAGCUCAGUCCAGAAAAGAUUUUCUACCAUCACAGAAUGGCAAAGGAAAGAAGGGAUCUGAUGAUAUUCAGUUACUUCAUACAGAUACAUUGAUCAAAGAGGUGGAGAGGAUCUUUGGCGCCGGCCAUCCAGAUCCUGUUGAGGUUGAGAAGGCAAAGAAAGUGCUGAAGGAACAUGAGCAAGCACUUCUAGAUGCCAUUUCAAGGCUUGGAGAGUUAUCUGAUGGUGAAAGUGAUGAACGCCAUUUCAUGCAUGGGCAAGCCAUGGAUCGGGAGUAAAAAGGAAUAUUGUGGGGGAAAGUGAGUAGUAUAAAACAGCUGGGGGCUGAGCCACCUAAAAUAACAGCCACAUUGGAGAAGGCAAGAUGUGUACUAGAUCUUUGCCAGCGUCAGUGCACCAGAAUGAUUUUAGGCCUGUUGUAUAAUGCCAGCUUCAAGAAAUGCUUGACAAACAUUAAAUUAUUGUAGUCUAGUUCUUUGAAUAGACGCGAAAUUGUAGUUAGGAAUGAUUGUUUCCCCUAGUUAGAGGUUAGUGCUUUUGUAAAAUUAGUCACAGUAGCAAUUUUACAUGUGAUGAUGUAAACAAGUUUUUGUUAACACCUUGCACGUUGAUUAUGACAUCCCAAAUAAGUUAUUCUUUC